AUGUUAGGGGGCGUUCAGUUGAAAUUAGUAACACAGUUUAAGUACCUGGGGCAUUGGGCCACUGCGUCUCAAAAUGAUGACGUGGACGUGGAGAGGGAGCGCAGGGCACUAUCAGUGAGAAGCAACAUGUUGAUCCGCAGCCUGUGGAUCAACUGCACGAAGAAAGCUUAUAGUGCGCUGCGCGUCCUCUACAAUAACGCGUUCAGGAUGCUGAUGGGGCUGCCGCGGUACUGCAGUGCUUCUGGGAUGUUCGCGGAGGCACACACGGAUGAUUUCCAUGCCAUUAUGCGCAAACGCGUCGCGUCCCUGAUGCGCCGUGCGCGCGGCAGCACCAACGGGCUCCUGAGUGCGGUCGCAGGGGCAUAUGACAGCCCGAUAUUUGGCCACUGGGCGAAAUCGCACGCGCCACGUGCAGAUUUUAAAAAGUAA